GCGAGGGGCCUUGUGAGGUGGGAGAUAGAGGGGGCCGGUGAUGGAGGAUGGGAGGCGGCGAGGGGGGGGCCGGGACGGAGCCUGCCUUUUCCCCUCCCACCAGCCUCCGCGACUGCCCGCCCCAAUCCCAGGGCGUAGGCCUCGCGCAAAACCCAGGCGCCGCGGCUCCGCGCUCCGGCUAAGAGUCUGCGCCGCCGCCUGCUCCCUCCCGCUCGGCCGCGGCCCCUGGGGCGGAUACUCCGGUGCGAGGUUCCGACCGAGGCCCGUGGCGGGUUUUGCCCCACGAAGAUGAACUGGGCGCCCGCGACGUGCUGGGCUCUGCUGCUGGCAGCCGCCUUCCUCUGCGACAGCGGCGCGGCCAAGGGCGGCCGCGGAGGAGCGCGAGGCAGCGCCCGGGGAGGACUCCGCGGGGGGGCGCGCGGGGCCUCGAGGGUGCGCGUGAGGCCGGCGCCGCGCUACGGUGCCCCGGGCUCCUCCCUGCGCGUGGCGGCGGCGGGGGCGGCGGCAGGAGCUGCCGCGGGCCUGGCAACUGGCUCGGGCUGGAGAAGGGCCGCGGGGCCCGGAGAGCGCGGCCUGGAGGACGACGAGGACCGGGGGCCCGGAGGCAACGGGACCGGCCCUGGAAUCUACAGCUACCGGGCGUGGACUUCGGGCGCUGGGCCCACGCGCGAUCCGAGCCUCUGUCUCGUGCUGGGCGGCGCCUUCCUGGGGCUGCUGCGGCUCUAGGCCAGGCUGGGCUCAGGGAUCACAUCUGGUCCCUGGCCCACGCCGUUCCCCAAGUCCUAAGGCCGGGGCUCCCCCUCCCUCCUUUGCCCACAGCCUUGAGCCCCAGUGGGGGCAGGAGCUGCAGGCUGUCCCUGUGGACCCGCCAUCCACCGUCCUGCCUACGCCACCCCCAUCUCCCACCUCCAGGGGACCGUGCGUCCUGCCCCACCAGCUCUAAUAUAUUAGGGUCCCCCCAGCCAGAAAGGCAGCUGCCGGUGGCUCCUGUAUCAUCCGCCCAGCCAUGCUCCAGAGCCGCCCAAAGGGAGGUGCCAGACCAGGCAUCCAAGCCACCCCUGCUCCCCUCCCCUGCCCAGGGGCCCUGGUGACCCAUGGCAGGGAGGUGACCUCAGGCUGGUUUUGCCACUGAGGGAGGCCCUGAGGACCAUGGCCCUCCCCAAAAGCAGCAAUGAAAUGGACCAAAGGACUUAGGGAUUUGGGGGGAAGUGAGGGGAACACGCUGGGUGCUAACCACCUGCCCACAAGACAAAACCCUGUGGCUCUCACAACCCAGAACACUCCCAAGCAGGAAACGUGUCCAUCCCAGGAACGUCCAUCCUGCUCCUCUCCCUCGUGGGAGGACAUGCCCUGCCCCAGAGGGGCUGCCCAGGCCUUGUCCCCCACACCUCAGGCAGAGAUCCCUGAGACCCACUUUGCUCCAGCAACUUUAAACAAGUCACUUUACUCUCUUCAGGACCCAUUUUGGGGAAAAAAUCCUGACACAUUCCAGAGCUUUCCAAUUCCUCUGAACUUUAGGUUCACCUUCAGGGAUCACACAGUUCUGCCUGUACUCAGGGCACAGCAACUGCCAAUCCCGCUGAAGAGCCCUCCCUGGGCACAGCUCAGGCUGCGCCGUUCCCGGAUUUCCCUGCAGGCAGCCCCUUCCUUGGAAGCAGCUGGCAGCUGACGGUCUGCUCAGUGGAGCAAGAAGCCAACUACCACGGAGCGAGCAGAAGGCCAGCAGUGAGGCCCAGCGCCCCACAGGACACCCAUGCGAGGCUGAGCCCCCAACAUCUCCAAGGGCUCUGGCAUCCAAGGACACGAGGGACACAGAGUGGCCUCCAGGAGGCACCGGGCAUCCUGACAAGGACUUGCCUCCAGCACUGGACACCUCUGUGUGUAAGACCGGCCCCCUGCUUCCCAGUCCUGCCAGCCUGGGGCAUCCUCCAUGGGCUCAGCACUGAGGGGUCUCGGGUCUGCCACAUUAUCUAGCUCUCCAGCCACCCAACUCAUCCAAGGUAGCAUGGGUUCCCCGUGGCCCCCGUGGCCUUAGGAUCUCACCCUCAGCAUGCCCUGGUGAGAGCCUCACCCCAGCUGGCUGCAGCCUCCUGACCUAAGCCUCUGGCCUCAGUGGACACGGAAGUCGACACCAGCAUCUCUCACGGGCCCUACCGGCCUCUGCCUUCCCCAGCUGGCCUGGGUUCCAGCCAAGGUGAGGAUCUGGAAGCUGCUGGCAGGACUCUGGACCAAGCACUGCUCUCCAGCACAGGGGCACUAAGCCACACCUGCAGCCUCCUGUCCACACUGCUAGCAAUGCCCCUGGCCCGAUGCUCCUGCACCCUUCCAGAUCAAGCUCAAUGCACCAAGGCCGGCAGAGCCUCACAGGCAGGAGCCCUUCUACCAUCUCCCCCAGUAGGCAGGGAGUGGUCUGAGUCCUCUCAAGGAAGGGAAACCCACCAGAGCCCCCUUGACUUUGCAGACACCCACUUGGAAAAUGGGCUGUGCCGCACCAGAUCCUCAUACACCACAGCGCUGCAGGCUGAUGGAACGUUCCAGAUGUGGACACACCAUGCUCUGCAGUGAUCGUUUAUUCAGCACAUUAGCAUCUGACACAUCUACUCUCCUCAAUACUUCCUGCCAUGGGCGGUCAGGGUUACAGCAGCAUGCAGGUGGCACUCGGGGGCUAACUUCAGGCUGCUGAGUGUGUGGGGUUGAGGCAGCAGAGGCGGCCAGCCAGCAAGGAGGGGCCGCUGAGCACCAGGGCCAUGGUGGAGGCUGCUGUGGGAAGUUGAGGCCACCACUGCAAAGAGGCAGCCGGAGCUUCUGCACAGGAUGUCCCUGACCCCAGGCCCCACCACACCAGCUCCACCCGCCUUCCUUCCUCUUCCCCCUUCCCCACCCUCCUCAGCCCCACUACUGCAGAAUCCCACUACCCCAUGGGCUAGAAGGUGCUCAGAGGCCAGGGGUCUCUGCUGCCCAUGCCGGGCAACCUUCCAGUCUGUGCACAGCAAAGCCAUGUACAGGGCGUCCCCCUGACCCCUGCCCUGGAACAAGACCCAGGGCACUGAGGGGCAAAGCCAGUGCUCAGGCUCUGCUGUUGGGAGUCUGCUGCCCAUGUUCGUGUGCGCCUUUAAGUGUGAAAUAAACCCCUCUGCUGGCA